CAGGAUAUCUGUUAGGGUUAUUGACGUUACCAUAGGUUUACUACUAACCUUUCCCCUUGAUACAACUCAUAACGGCUGCCCAACUCCCGCGUACCUACAUUCUGCUGGGUGAACAGAGUCAUCAGGUGAAAUGAUACAUUGACCAAACUCUGAAGUCGUGCUGCGGGAACUGAACCCCGAGACCUUUCGACACGACCAUGCCGACUACUAGGCCACUUGGCCCUAUAUAUAUAUAUAUAUAUGAAAACCUCAAUAUUCCGUCUCGCUGCCUGUAUUGAACAGCGGAAAUUUACUCAGAAGCAUAGACAUAUUUACAGGUUACUGUAUGAGUAUAAUUAAAUUUAGUUUCUCUAUAUAUAUAUUGUAAAAGCUCUCAUGCAUCUCUAAAUUCGUAUCUUGUCAUUCUCUUCAGAGUUACUUUCGUGAUAUAAAAUCAUGUUAGUCUUUUGUACUCGCAGUUGUGUUCAAAUUUGGUGUGUUGUGUUGACCGCACACGGCCGCUGGGCGAUGAUGCAUCUAUGUAGGACGUCUUAUCAGCGAUGGUAAAUGACAUAAUUUUUUGCCUCUACGUGAGAUAAGCGCCGGAAGUGAGGGCCCGAUACCGGCUUCCUGCCUCAACCGCUCUACAGAGCACUAAUGCUUUCGUGAGCGAUGUUAAGAGAUAAGGUCCGAGGAAAAACCCGUGUUCAGGUCUGCGUGUGCAGUCUUGUUUGCAUCUGGUUCCGUGACACACAUACAACGCGGUGUUGUUCCUGGUCAUAUUACACCCUAACGAAGUUGUUGUUCCUUGGGAGAAGAAAUGUAUUGAGACGCAGAAGAGAGCGAGCCAGCCGCCGCCGCCAGCCAAGAGGUCCACUGGAGCAGACCGCAGCGGGAAGAGUAAGCAACAGGUGAAUGUGACCUACAGCCAGGAUGGGUUUAGACACUGGAGUCCGAUGGUUUCAAAAUCAAGAAAAUAACACCAUCGAUACUAGGAUAGUGGAGGUUCACUACCUGGCUUACGGUAUAGUGAGCCCAAUCAUUAUCUCAGCCGGCAUAGUUGGGAAUUUGCUCACCAUUCUAAUCCUCUGGAAUCCCAAAUUCAGAGGCGUGACGUACAAGUACUUCGUCAUCCUUGCUGCAAGUGACUUGAUAGCUCUGCUGUGUUCAAUAUCUGUGUUUGUGCACAUCGUCCAAGAAGCUACUCGCUCCUACACUACAGCUGUCUGGUACUCCUACUUGGAAAAUUAUUUUGUCAACGUCCCAAUGAGCACUUCGGUGUUCACGGUGGUUUGUGUGACGGUGGAUCGUUUCUACUCCAUCUGUCGUCCGGCCAAAUUUUCCACUAUACACAGUCCAAAAUUUGCCUACAAAGCACUUUUCCUGACCUUCGUGGUUUCUGCCGUUGUGUGGUUACCCGUUUGCUUCCUCAAGACGCCAGUGGACGCCGGCGACUGUGAGUCGUCGUACUUUGAGCCCCCUGACGACGACGAGACCUGGUGGGUGGCGUGCAUGAGGUAUGACACACUAGCGGAACCUUGGUACCUAAUGUACUCCUGGAGCAGACAGACUAUAGUCACAUUCAUCCCAAUCGUUGUGAUAACUGUUCUGAACGCUAUGACAAUCAGAAGUUUUAUCAGAUUGAGCAAGAGACGGAAAGAAAUGAUAGUUAACUCGGUUUUGGGCAGCUCCUCGCAGAAUGCUUCAACACCCGGGGAAGGUAAAAUGGUUGAAGAAAGUAACCUGGUCUACCUCCUGUCUGCGGUGGUGCUCACUUUCUUCAUCACUAUGGUGCCUGUGGGAAUAUUUAAUGCAAUGUAUACCGACUACCUUUCAUCUGCGUUUAAGUAUGAGGUGUUCAGAGCCCUGGCUAAUGACCUGGAAAUCCUUAACCAUGCUCUAAACUUCUACAUGUAUAUUUUAUGUAGUAGUCAAAUUCGUCUGACGUGUAGGACAUUCGUAAGCCAAUGUGCAUCCGCUGUAUAUAGUUUUUUGCAGUUUACCUUCUUAGUCUUUAUUAAGCGCCCCGUGAGGAGUCCCUGUACCCCCGGCUCUUGUGUCUAGUGGCCGUCACUCGGCACCAACAAUAGCGACACCCCGCCAAACACACACCGAAACUACGACGUUGGUACAAUGUUCGAACAAGUUUUAACACCUAACCAGUUAUAACAACCAAUAUAGUAAGUUGUAACAGCGCUCUAAUACGUCAUAAACACGAUAAGCCAAGAUGUAACAACUUUAUUGCAAGUUGUAACAAGCUGAAAAUAGACAGUUUCGGUUUGUGUUUCCAGGGACCUUGAUUGAUUGAGACAAAAAUAUGAACUGAAUAAAGAGUGCAGACCAAGACAUGUAAAAAUGCUCGGAAAACUACUUUAGUUGUAUAGUUGAGAUUGAUUCCAGUGUCUUAUCUUGAGGUUAAGGUCACCGGAAAAUUGUGUUGUAAAUGCAGGCUAAUAAGAGUUGUAGCGAUAAAGAAAAAUAUUAGAAUAUUCUUCCAAGUUACUGAAGGAAUGACUGCUUUUCCCCUCAGCGACCUGCACGAACACACACUAUACCCAGAUGGAAAGAUUAUCAUCUAGAAAAAGUGCUUAGGUUGGGAGAGAAAUGGAACCGGGUCUCGAACUGAGAUAUGAGGACAAGUAAGGGAACAGUGCCCAGCCACUUAGAUCAUCGGGGAUCGAACGCCAACACUGGGGGGGAAAAAUAAAAAUAACGACCAGUAUGCUAGACAUUUGUCAAGAGAUUCCCCCCUGAAGAUGUGAUCCUUGUGAGCCAUAACUGUGUUACUUGCGCCUGGGUCUCCACUCUGACAGGUUUACUGCUGCUAAAAUUCUUGCAUCUGCAGUCUCAGCGGUCACGAAUCAUAACGGCAUUUGGGUAUAAAUCCUUAUUAACAAUUGUUAAUCUAAUUUGUCCCAUGUAAAAUUUUUCUAAUGCAUCUCAUUGAAGCUAUUUUUAAUAAAUCCUCAUUAGUAAAUAACUAAUUUUACAGCCCAUUAUUAAACUUAGAUCACACAAUGCUCUUUUAUUGAAUAUAUAUUCUACCUAACACGGUAAACAAUGUCCACAUCUUCAAGCCCAAAGGCAACUUCUAAUCAUUUUGUUUUGCAUACAAGUGCACUAGAAGCAAUUUAUAGGACAGUGGGAUGAAGUGUUAAACGAACCAUUAGUUUGAAGACGA